AUGCCUAAGUCUCCUCUUCCAGAAGCCAUUUUAUCUCACAUGGUAGCUAUAAGCAAUCUGCCUCCCCCUCCACCUCGCAGCAUCCCAAGCUUGAAAAUGUCUAAGCUUAUUGACUACGGGCAGUUGAAUGCAUUAUGUCACAGGAGAGGACUGCAUCAGAGGAAUCUGAGGAACAUCUUAUCAGCGCACAACAUGUUUAUAAAGGAAUAUCCUAAAAUAUUUCUAAAGAAAAAAACCAAACUACCUAAACUUUUCGAAGAGGAGGGGAAAAGAAAACCUGCUGAAGGCACAGAAGAAAGUCAACCCCAACAACCUGAUGAUUCUCACAAUGUAGCUAUCCAUGUUAAAAAAGAACAUGGUGGUCUUACUUUAUAUGGACCAAAAAAAUCUGAAGAGCAGUUAACAGAAUUCCUGGCUAUCUUAAAGAAAUUGCCCAUUCACAGGACACCAUCUGAACACAACGCUGUGUGGAAGAUGCUGAAAAAGAUUCCAGAUUUAACCUCUCAGCUAAUCGAUGAGCAUCUGAAAAUACUUAGUAAGAGUGUCAUUUCUGAAACCUGGAUAAAGGGAAGCACAGUGGUUGGAAAUGAUGGAUUUUAUGUAAUCCUGAAAGGCGUAGCUCGACCUCGAACACAGAUGUAUAAAAAUCUGAUUGAAGAAAAUGAGCCAACAGCUUCUUUCAUACCUCAAAAUUUCCACAGCUUCGCUUUCAGUGAAGAGCUCAGAGACUCUGUAGUGUCUGCGAUGCACAUACCUUCUUGUGACCCCGUGCUUGGACAAUGGAGUACCUUUGGAACCCUGGAAGUUACAGCUAAGAUUGAAUCAGAAACAAAGGCUUACUCAGUGGUGACAGAAGAAGAUUGUGAAAUUCUUAAAAUCCCUGCAAAGAAUUGUGCAAAGUUAAAAUCGGAAAAGACAAAACUGGAAAAUAAACGUAAGGUGAAAUUAAUUCUUAAGUGUCCAUAUUAUAAGGAGUGGCCAACUUUAUCCAUCUAUGAGCUAGUUGCACUCAUUAAAUGGAAAACAUUUCCUCCAGGUCAUGUGAUAGUGGAAAGUGGAAAUAUAAUCUCCUUUGUGGCUUAUAUUAAUUCUGGAUACUGUAAGAUUUAUAGAAAUAUUGUAGGACUUUCCAAACCACAAUCAAAAAAAGUGAAAAAAGUUCAAAAACUUGUUUAUAUGGGUACACUUCAGGAAAAGGAGUCCUUUGGUGAGAUUAGCGUUCUUCUUCAAGUUCCUUUUACAUGCACAGUGGUCACUGGGAACGGCGUUGAGAUGGCCAUAAUUGAAGAUAAGGACCUCUUUGAUCGCGUUGAGUGCUUGACAUGCUGA